GGGAGAACGAAGGGGUGGAGGGAGGAAGAUGGCGGCGGCGAGCGGCGGCGGGUUGCUGCGGCGGUGGCGGAGGCCCGCCGAGGGCCUGGGCCGGGCGGUGCGCACCGUCUGUGGCAGCGGGCGGGCGGCGGGGGCGCUGCGGGCCGAGCAGCUGGCGGAGCGGCUGCGGAGGAGCGAGGAGGAGAAGCGAGAGAUCCCCAAAGACCCGGCGCAGAAACGGAUUCGGGAGCUCGCUGUGCUGAGCCAGCAGCUGCAGCAGGUGCACCCCAACGUCCUGGCCAAAGUGCUCAAGCAGGGAACCCUGUACCAGAACGAGGAGAUCGUGGCGAUCAACAAACCCUACGGCCUCCCCGUGCACGGUGGCCCUGGGAUCAAGAAUUGCAUUGCUGACGUGCUGCCGAUUUUGGCCAAGAUGUUGAAGAACAUGAAAGCCGAACCCCUCCACCUCUGCCACCGGCUGGACAAAGAGACCACGGGCGUGAUGGUGCUGGCAUGGAACAAGGAGGCAGCCGAGAAGAUCCGGCUUCUCUUCAAAACUCGUCAGGUGGAGAAGAUCUACUGGGCCAUUAGCCUGGGGGACCCAGACCCCACCGAGGGCAUCGUGGAGAUACCCAUGGUGGAGAAGGAGGUGCGGAGCCACCAGUCACACUACAAGAUGACACUGGCCCCCAACUAUCGCCUGUCUCCUGAGGAUGGGAAAGUGGUGAAAAUCCGCAAGAACCGCAACGCCGAAAGCGCCGUGACUCGGUACCGCCUUCUGGCUAGCUCUUCUGCCUGCUCGCUGCUGGAGCUCCAGCCCAUCACGGGGGUGAAGCACCAGAUCCGGGUUCACCUGGCCUACGGGUUGGGGUGCCCCAUCCUGGGGGAUCACAAAUACUCGCACUGGAGCAAACUGGCACCCCAGAAGCUUCCUGAAAUCACCUUGAAGAGGCUGAAGCUGGAGCAGAGCAAGGCUCGCCACCUGCCCCUCCACCUCCACGCCCGCCGGCUCUCCCUGCCCCUGGGCGAGCGGAUAGACCUCGUCUGCAAGCCACCCCUCUUCUUCCAAAAGACCCUGAAGAAGCUGGAGCUGGAUGUCGCUAAUGACUAACGAGGCAGGACGGGAGCGGUACGCUCUACCUCCGCAUCUCCAGCGCGCGGUAGCGCUGGGUCCGGCCGCUCUGCAGCGGUGUCUGCCUUGGAGCCAGCACUGCGAUGAAGUCUGUGGUCUCUCCCGCUCGCCAGAGACCUCCUGCGCUGGUACCGGUGUUGCUGGCUUCAAACCAGGUACCUGCGUGAGCUUCUUGCCCCGAUUUGGUGCAGAAAAGGUGGCCGGACACGCUGAAAAGCCUCUUGUUCAGACAAACGUGGCUGGGUAGACACUGGGCUUUGCCCAGUGCAUGUUUUGAACUUGCCUCUGAGCAAUAAAAGAUGCAGUUCCUGCGG